AUGCAGUGCAGCAAUGUAAUCUCCGACAAUUAUGCUAGUCACCUCGCUGAGCACUCGGUGGCACACCUCUCCUUCCGACCCUGGAAGUGUUCUGUCUGUACCUUUACUGCGAAACUGAAAUGCGUUGUGAAGAGCCAUCUGAAGAUCCAACAUCAAGGAAAUGGCUGGGCCAUCGAUAACCGCACUGCUGAAUACUACGAUGCGCUCGAGGCGAAGACGAAAGCCAACUUUCCGGGUCAAUCAAAUGCCAUCGCUAAAUACAUUGGAGGACAAAAGGAGGCAUUGGGAUUUCAAGACGCAUCAGAUGAUGAAGAUGACAAUCCGCAAGACGGUCGAAAAAUCUCCGUCUGCAAGGAAUGCAGACAUUCGAUUGUCUCAACUAGUGCUCGGCUUCUGGCUCAGCACUCGGUGGCACACCUCUCCUUCCGACCCUGGAAGUGUUCUGUUUGCGACUUCACUAUGACUCGGAAAGGCCCCUUGAAACAGCAUCUGAACGAGCAACAUCAAGGAAACGGCCGGAUCAUCGAUAAUCGCACUGCCGAAUACUAUGACGCCCUCAAAGCAAAGGCGCAGGCCAAUUUUCCUGGUCGCGCAAAGGCUAUCGCGAAGCACAUUGGAGGACAAAGGGAGACAUCGAAAAUUCAAGGUGGAUUCGAUAACGAAGAUUCCACUCCAGAAGACAACCCACCAAUUGUUCAUCUCCCGGCUCCUCGUGACAAAAGUCUCGACAUUCCGCAAAACGUGCAGACAAGUCCGGAAGCUGUAUCCACUAGUGCUGGCACGAUCAAGCAAGAAGUGGUGCCAGACGCUAUUCCACCACGAUCCAAAGAGAAAUCGACUCAUCGAACGAUGGCCGAUACUCAACGCGAAUUUAAGCAAGAGCCACUAUAUGUCGAAAAUUCUUCAUUUGAUUUUCAUGUCGUAAUCGAGGGAAGUGAGGCGGAUGCUCAUGCUGAUGCUCAUGCUCCAAUCCGCCACCACAACGGCCAAAAUGUCCGGAAUGGUGACAAAGACCAAUCAUCCUCGCCUACCCUUCAUCCAAUCGAUGUCAAACAAGAACUUCUAGAUGAAAAUCCAACCGAAGAACCGAGACGAAUGGAUAAGAAGAAGAAGAAGGUGAAAAGAGGCGAGGAGGAUUGGGCAGCCGAGCCCGUGCCCCAAAUCGACACUGACCACAGCAUCGACAAGCGCGUCGAAGAAACCAUUAUGACAAUGAAAUUGGCGGGUGCCAAGAUCUCAUCGGACAUGGCCAGAACGCGAGCUGCAAUGAGGGAGACGAAAUCUGACAUGGCUCGCAUGCAAAUCAACAUGGCACUCCUGGAGACCCUCUCGGAAACGCGGAAUGCCGAAAAUCGCCGUCUGAGGCAGGAGAACGACCGGCAAGCCGCCCAGCUGAAGAUGCUGAUGGAAGAAGUGACGGCGCUGAGGGAGCGCAUGCGGACUGGC